UACUUUUUCUGUUUUGGAACACCAAAAUAUCCCUGGGCUUAAGUCAACUUUAAAGUCACGUGGCGUGGCUCUUUUCGGCCAGGCGACGUGUACGGUUUGGAUUAUGUGAAACUCAGCUCCUGCUUCUUCAAGAACUGUAGGUUUUCUGUCAGCCUUACAGCUGGGAAGUUGAAAACGUCACCCGCUACAGGAAGUCGACCCGUGGAAAUUAUUUGCCGUUCCAACAGCCGUUAUCUUUCAAUCUCACCAGAAAGAAGUCUCAGCCCUGCCGCAUCUUCUCAGCUUUUCCCUUCGCGGCUCCCACGGGGCACACCGCCCCCCUGAAAAUGCUCCCACACAACAUGACCUGGAUGAAGUACCCGACCCUGAGCAAGGAUUCCUCCACCGACUUCGAACAGAUUAUAUUCGUGCAACAAGUCAUAUCGAGGUUCAUGCACGCCUACAUCGCCAUCUUUGUGCCGACGGGUUUAUUAGCCGGCCUGGUUAUCCUGGGCAUUUGCAUCCAGAAUUAUCGGAGACACGUCCUGGAGAAAUUAGACAUCUUGUUUUUCUCACAGACGGUCACCAACCUCUUCGUCAUCCUUCUCUCGCUCACCAUCGCAGUGCGGCCAGCUUAUCUCCAAGUCUCCUACCUUGCCUGUGGAACGCUGUCAUUCUUCUUCAACUUGGGUUACUUCUCAUCUCAGUUCCUCCUCCUCUUAAUAAUCCUGAACUUUUUCCUCCGCAGGCACCCGCCCCAAAACGUUCUAAUCGGCAAGGCGCACCGGAGCCCAGCGCUAUGUGUCGGUUUUGUGCUGAUGUGCGCUUUCUGCGCUGCCUUGAUGCUGAGCGCCCUGCUGGGCAUCGAACACUACCGGGACGAAACGGACUGCCAGCUGGACCCCUUGUUUGCCUGGCCCGAAUACGAGAUCAUCAAAUUCGCCUUGGGCUUCUGCGCCCCGUCGUUGGCCGAGCUCCUGUUCUCUAUCCUAGCGUUUGCGAAAACGACAACGCUGGGUCGAUAUUCCUCCAGAACAAACAGCGAGCGGCCCCCUUGGGUCGUUUUGGCCAUGGUGGGGAGCAUGUUCUCGUGCCGCCUGUUUUAUAACGUCCUGAUCCUGACCAGGACCGGCCUGAAGAUCAAAGGAGAGGCGGGGUCCGUUCAGAACGAGCUGCUCAUGAAUAUCUCAGAGGUGGUUUUGUUCUGUGAAAGCUGCACGGCGUUGGCGAUUCUCCUCUUCCUGCAUCGCCCCUACAGGGCCGCUCUGCUGAACGCGCUUAAAAAUCUCACCAGGCGUUGUAGGAGGAGACGGGAUGCCAACCGGACCCUGGAAAUUCAAGAGAACCCCAGUGGACUUUCCGAAAUGCGCUGAUACGAUUGUCCAAGAUACGGAGACUUGCAGAACUGCGCAUCGGCUGACCUCUACCCAAAAACCCCACAAAGAAACAUUUUCCCAGAGCCAAGGUGGCGCAGUGGUUAGGGUGCAGUACUGCAGGCCACUUCAGCUGACUGCUAUCUGCAGUUCGG